CAAACGACUAGCACAUUUAAUCCAUAACGCUAUUUUUGUCUUUCCGUCCCCAAAUUUAAGACCUCCUGAAAUUAUAAUUAAGACUUUUCUUAUACUUAUUAAAUACUUUUUAUGACUUUAAAAGUGCGUUGUUAUUUAAAAGAACACUUAUUUAUUAAAAAAAAAAAAAAAACGUACAUAAAUUCCGGACCUUUGACUGGAUGGGGUGGGUCGUUCGAACCACCCGAACCCCCCCCCAAAACAGCGAGACAAAUGUCAGCGAAUAUCCGCCCCGCCCGUUUUGGCAUUCACUGCUGCCUUUCUAUCUGCACAUUUCUGUGAUUCUUACUGAAAUCACGGCAUGCAAUUCUCGCGAGAAAUGCCUGUCUGAAACGGUUCCUUUAAGAUUCAAGCUCACAGUAACAGCAUCAUGUCUGCACCAUCAUCUGUUCUCGCCCUGCAUUCAAAAACACACAAAGACACAAUCCUGCAUAAGUUUGACAAGCUCAGAAGAAGGGAACUGCUCUGUGACAUAACCCUCAUCGUAGAAGAUGUGCAUUUCAAAGCACACAAGGCUCUUUUAGCAGCGAGCAGUGAAUAUUUCUCAUUUAUGUUCACCGCUGAAGAUCAGGUAAGCCAGUCGGUGUACAAGCUGGAUGGCAUGGCUGCGAAAACCUUCUCGGCCGUGCUUGAAUUCAUCUACAGCGCAAAUGUGUCUGUGGACCAGAGCAGCUCUGAGCAGCUGCUUGACAUGGCGCGCUUUCUGGACAUCCGAGACUUGCUCAAAGCCCACGAGGACCUUCAAAAAGACACUUCAAAGGCUGAAAAUGUGACGUCCGCCGAGGGAGAUAGUGUCGAUGAGUGCAUGCAGACAAAACGUAAAAGAGGGAGGCCCAAAAAGAGCAUUCACACUCAGGAUUCAAGCCAAAAAGAGAAUCCAGAAAGCGAUUUACCAGCAGAAACUACCUCUGAGCCCUCAGAACCUCUCUUAGAUCCCACUUCCCCAUCAAGAGAUGUCAGCGACAGCGACUAUAACCCCAGAGAGGACAGACCCCGGCACAGCAAACGCAAAAUAAAGCAGCCUGUCAAGCUGAAGGGAUACAGGUUAGGAGAUGAAGUCACGGAGCACAAGGAGCCCGGGAAGAGAGGGCGGAAGAGGAAGUACCCAGACACAGAGGCCAGGUGUGAGCAGUGUGGGAAGGUUUUUAAAAACCACCUGUUUCUGAAGAUACAUCAGCGUACUCAUACAGGUGAAAAACCAUUCAGAUGCAGUGUUUGUGGGAAGGGUUUCACCCAGAAACACACUCUUUUGGUUCAUCAGCGCAUGCACACAGGAGAAAAGCCCUUCAUCUGCACCAUUUGCUCCAAAGCUCUGUCCACAAAACACUCACUAGUGGAGCACAUGAACCUACACGCAGAGAAAAAAUCCUUCAGUUGUGACCAGUGUGGGAAAAGCUUCAGUCAGAAGCGGCAGCUGAAAAGCCAUUACCGCAUUCACACAGGAAAAGCGUUACCUGAGUGUGCACAGUGCCAUCAUAAAUUUAUGGAUGCAGCUCAACUGAAGAAGCACCUGAGAACUCAUACAGGUGAAAAGCCGUUCACGUGUGAGAUCUGUGGGAAGGGUUUCACAGCCAAGAGCACACUGCAGACACACAUCAGGAUACACAGAGGAGAGAAGCCAUACGUCUGCAACAUCUGCGAUAAGACCUUCUCCGACCAGAGUGCCAGAAGGCGUCACGUAGCAUCCCACACGGGUAAAAAACCAUUCACGUGUUACAUCUGUAACCUGUCGUUUGCCCGAAUGGACAAUCUUAAAGCUCACACUAAGACUCACAACAAAGAGCGUCAACAAGGAGAAGCUGAGACCACAGGCCCUGCACCGGUGGAGGCCACAUCAGCGCCUGAAGAAAUGCACAGCAUCCUCCAACUCCAGCCGUACCAACUUCCCACACACCCCGAGCAGGAGAUCCAGCUGGUGGUGACCGGCGAGGUGGACAACAUCAACCUGGGCCAGGAUCAAAGCAUCAGCAUCAUCACCGCAGAAGAUACUUCUGUGGAACAAGGUCUCACGCUUCUCACCCAACCUUCCGGUCACGUGCAAAACCUGGCGCUGGUCACGCCCGACGGGUUAGACGCCAGUACUCAAAUCCAAACCAUCAGUGUUUUAGGAAGUCAGGUGAGCGGCGGACAGCCGGAGCAAAUGCACGUCAUCACACUGACCAAAGAAGCCAUGGAGCAAUUGCAGGUUCAUCACGGAGGUCCACAGCAGCUGCAGGUGAUCCACCAACUGUCUGAGAGCUCUGCUGAAAACCCCAGCCGGACGAAUCCAGCGGGAGGCAUUCACAUCAGCAGCCAGAGCGGGCAGCCCAUUUCUAUCAGCCAGACCAGCGAGCAGAUCCCAAGCGAUCAGAUUCAAGGCCAAACCUUCCAGAUCCAGGCUGGAACGGUCUCGUACCUCUACACCACCAGCAUGACCCCGCAAAACUGAACUGACACUCUGUUUGAAUCCAUCAGGACGUCAGGACUUGUUUAUAAUGCUGAUGCUUGUUCUCUGUUGUAAAUAGUUGUAUUUUAUUAUAGUAAAGCGCUGAUUUCAUUGAAAACAAGCAGAAGUUUUUUUUUUUUAAUAUCGACUUCAAUAUGACUUCUUCAUAAAGCAGAGCCCUACUUAAUUCGUUUUUGUGCUUGUUAAAAUUCAAAUUUAUAACAAAAGAGAACAAAGCAUUAGUAACGAGUUACUGUUUGUAAAAAAGAACAGUGCUGAUGCUUAUUCUCUUUUGUUGUGAAUGGGUAUAUUUUAAUUAGUCACACUGACUAAUUCAGAACAAGCAGAAUAUUUUUUGUUUUUUAAAUGACUUUAAAUGGAUCAUGAAACAGGCAUUCUUCGUUUUUGUACUUGUUUAAAAGUCUAAAAUCAAUAAACGGUUCACAUACAGUACAUGCAACUCCAAGUUAUUUGUUCAUUUAUGUAAAAUUGAAUCAUUGGCAUAAGUUUGUUCAACCUGUGCUCAUUGCCAUAAAACUUUGUAAUG